AUGGCUAUGCUCGCCCAACCAGCCUUUGCUGUGUCCGAUGGCACCAAAAAGCACGUUGAACCAAGAUGCUCAGGCCUCGCCGAACUGCCAUGGACCCUUGAAAUCUCACUUCUCCGCGCGGACGAGUCGGUACGCUCGGUGGCUUCGGUACCAAGCGGACCCCGGUUCCAUCAGCAGUUCAGCUCAGAUGGGCAGAGGCCUUCACCCAUGGAUCGCCAGUUGGAGAGGCCAAUGGGCAUGGAGAGAAUGCGAGAGCGGGUCGAGUACGCAAUGCGCACUACUGUCGUUUCGUACAUGGACAAGUGGACGGCGAUUCGCCCUCCUCCGUGCGCACCGUUCCGCUGCUCGUGCCGCCACACUCGCCUGCGGUUCCUGGGGUCUGGAUUGACGCAUGGGUGA